UUGGAAAGUUAUGGAGUAUGGAUGCGAGAAACCAUGAAAUCAUGACGAAAUCAUGAACAAAUCACAGACUAUGGAUACAGCUAUAUACUAUACACACGUUCAUACAGGAAAUGUAGAUACGACCAUAUCUAUAUGUAAGUUAUGGCGACAUCAUGUAAACACUCCACCUUUGUGAAUAUAUGAAAAACAGACUCGCACAUUGCGAUAUCUAUGCAGAUAUGUAUUCAGUGGCUGCGGAAGUGUGCAGACAAAAGGGCAAUGUCCCCACGGUUAUUCGAUGUCCCCAUCAUCAGCCCAUGUCAUAUAAACCCCUCCCUCCACUAUCCUACAAUACUAAUGUCCCCACAUGUCCCCACAGCUUUCCAGGACACUGCUCGUAUUAAUAAUCACAACGGAUGUUUGCAUUCACCUGCCCGCACAGACUCAUUUUUGUGUACAUAAACUUAUCUUCCUUGCACAAAAUAGUGAUUGUUACUCCUGAAUGGAUGUGCAAACUUUCAACGAAUAUAUAUACUCUUGUUCCCAUCAUUAGCAUAUUAGAAAUUUUAUAUUUACAAUAUUCAACCAGUCUUUAAAAAUUAUUAUUUUUACAUUACUUAUUUAAAGCUAAAUAACAUGGGGAAAACACGACUACCAAGACCAGAUAAUUUCGUCCCUGCCACUGUUGGACUGCCCAACGAGGAAAAUACAGUUUGGCUAAACGUUAUUGCGCAAUGUUUAUGCAACGCUGAUCCAUUCGUCAAAUACUUUUUGGCAAAUGAACAUCUAACUGAUUUGAGGAAGAAGUACUGGAUUCCGCUGGGAAAGGGCAAGGUAGCUAAAAGAUUGGCCCAACUUUUUCUAAAUAUGUGGAAUCCAUCUAAACACGAGAUUCUCCGUGAUAUGAAAAAUAAAUUUAAAGAAAUUAUCGGCCAGGUUGGCCCCCAGUGGGAGGGUGAUAACCUGCAUGACGCUUUCGAAUUUUGCUGCUGGCUGCUAGACCACCUUAACGAGGAGUUGAAUCUUCGCGCGAGCAAGGAAAUGUAUCGAGUUCUUCAGUUCUCAAAAGAUAAAAGUGCACAAGUCGAAGCGGAAACGAUUGCGUAUCACUUGAGCAGAAAUAAGUCCAUUAUUCAAGAUUGUUUUAUUGGAUUUCUUGGUUCAAGUUUAACCUGCUCGGGAUGCAAUAAAGAGGUCAUGACAUUUGACCCUUGUCUCGGCUUGGGGUUACCCAUCCCAAUACCGGAUGACAACCCGGACGGUUCAGUCAGUCUGGCAGAUUGUUUCAACAGCUACACAGCUCCGGAACAAUUAAAUCUCGAGGAUUCAUGGCAUUGUGUCCGCUGUCAGAAGAAAAUCAGUGGGACGGUGAAGCAGGUUAAAAUAUGGACAACUCCACAAAUUUUGGUCAUUGUUUUAAAGCGAUUUAGUAAACGGGUGGCCCAUUCUCCACUAGGAAAACAAGUCGAUUUUCCAAUAGAAGGAUUAGAUCUUUCGCCUUGGGUAAAAUCGCCACGCAACGAGGGCAAUAUUUACGACUUGUUUGGCGUUGUCACUUAUUUCCAGGAUGACAGCACUAGCGACAGCGGUUACAACGAAGCUUACUGCAAAAAUCCUGUGGAUCAUGCAUGGCGGAAGUUUAGCGACGAAAUGGUUGAGUUCGUGGAGUCUGAUGCAUUCUCUUCAAACGACGAUAUUCGUAAGGAGGCGUACAUUUUAUUUUACGGGAGGCGUGGAAGUGCUGAUUAAAGAGGAUUCUAAAGUUUUUUGUAGAGAUAACAUUUUGAAUAACGCAAUGGUUUGUGUAAUAUGCAAAUUUAUUAUCUAACACAAAUAAAACCCGAAUUUAAAAAUCA